CGAGUUGAUGUUGUUUCCUCCAGGUCUAGUGAGAUAGAGAGAGACAGAGCUAGACGUCCAUAUCUUGCCGUCGCCAAUCACCAUGAGAUUCUCUAGUACCUCGGUUUGGACGAUUGCACUAUUGGCGGUGAGCAGUAGUCCAACGGCGAUGACCAAUGCUUGGAUGACGACACCAGUAACGUCCUCGUCCUCGUCGCAUCUUCGUACUACCACCAACCGGACUCCCCUGCGCUUGUCCUCCUCCAGCGCGACAACGACUGCCGCGGCGGACGAACGCGUGGUGUGGGGCAAGGUCAAAUCGCACGACCAUUGCCGAGAACCACACGAUCGCGACAUUUUGGUGCGGGCCGCCCGCGGGGAAACCGUCGAACGCACACCGGUAUGGAUGAUGCGUCAAGCGGGUCGGUACAUGGAAGCCUUCCGCGAGUACUCCGACGUUUUGCCCUUUCGGGAACGCUCGGAAACGCCCGAUUAUGCCGUGGAGCUCUCACUACAAUGUCACCGGGCUUACGGCAUGGACGGCAUCAUUAUGUUUAGCGAUAUUCUCACGCCGCUACCGACUCUGGGUAUCGACUUUGAUGUCGUCAAAGGGACCGGACCGGUUAUUACCACCAAGGUUCGGACCGAAGAAGACGUCAACAAUAUGCCACGCCACGAAUUCGACGACAAGGUUCCCUUUAUUAAGGAAAUAUUGAAUCGUCUCUCACAAGAAGCCGAGGACGCCAACACAUCGUUGAUUGGCUUUGUCGGCGCACCCUUUACGCUCGCCGCCUACACUAUUGAAGGAAAGUCGUCCAAGGACUGCUUGACGACCAAAAAGCUUCUCAUGGCGGACGAACGUGGCGAUAAUGCCUGCAUCAGUUUGUUUUUGGACAAACUUGCCGAUAUGAUUGGCGACUACGCCUGCUACCAAAUCGAGCACGGCGCACAAGUCAUUCAGGUCUUCGAAUCCUGGGCACACCAAUUGUCCCCACACUGGUUCGAAACGUACGCCAAGCCUGCUGCGCAAAAGGCCAUUCGUAAAAUCAAGAGCCAAUACCCGGACACUCCCGUCAUUUACUUUGCCAACGGCGGAUCAUCUUACUUGGAAUUGCAACGAGAUAUGGGUGCCGACAUGAUUGCCGUCGACUGGGCGGUCAACUUAUCCCAGGCCCGCACCAUUCUGGGACCCGAUGUGCCCGUUUCGGGCAAUCUCGAUCCGACCGUGUUGUUCGGUAGUAAAGAGCAGAUCGAGCAGGCUGUACGGGAUUGUAUUGAUCAAGCCGGUGGGCCAGGAAGACAUCUUCUCAACCUUGGCCACGGCGUCAUGCAAGGGACACCAGAAGAGGCCGUGAAAUGGCUGGUGGAUGAAGUCAAACGGUACAAGGGUAAAGCGUAACUGCAAAACGGACGGUACAAAUGUUAACUGUUUGCUGAAUCAAAAGGCAUGGCAAACAGUG